CGGAGCAUUUGCGCCCGAUUGCGCCUCGCGUCGCCAUUUUCCGUCUGGCGGUUCCGUGUUUGCUUUACAUUCCGGAGAUUGCAGCGUGUGAGCACGAUGUCUUCAGCGAGCGGUGACGAGGCCGACUUCGUGCCGGCCGAGCCAGUGAGACGCACCAGGUCUGGUCGAGCCCGAAAAACAGCGGUGGUGGCCAAGAAGUCACCCGUGAAGAAGCUCCUCGCCCGGGCGACACGCUCCCCGAGGAAGAUCCAGGAGAUCGAGGAGGUUGAGGAAGAGACUACAUCUACACUAGAAGAAGCCAUGAUGGAAAGUAUGCCUGAGAACGGAGUUCAACGUUUAACGGAUGUCAUUGUGGAGCAACGUAGCGAGGAAGACACUCCCAUGUUGCAUUUGGAAUUGGAGGACUCUGAUGACACUAAUAUACACGAAAUAAGUAUGAGUCAAAACGAAGAACUGGAGCAAGAUGUAGAAGACAUGCGGCAUUCCAAUAUAAGGUCAGAGGGCAUAAUUAUGGAAGACAGCAGCAUGGACAAGGUGGAGAUGCUGGCUGAACGUGGAGACAUCGAGAUGGAGGAUCAGGACGUCAGCAACGAUGACUCGAAUCAGCAACGCGUGCUGAUAGACUUUCAAGGAGUUAUCAAUGAAGACGGCAACACAAUGACGCAAGAGAUCCUAGAGGCGGAGGAGGAGGACGAGGAGGAGGAGGAGGUUGAUUCAGAGAGCAUGUCCGCGCACACCGGUACGAGGAUUCAGGUUAUGGAAAUUGAAGAUUCGCAGCAAGGAAUGUCAGAGGAUGCGGACACGGUGAUGGGCAAGGUGGAAGAACCCGACAUGGAAGUGUCGCAGAGUGAUUCCUUGCCGCGCAUAGAAAUAACCGCGGCUGAAAACGAGGAGAUACACGAAUACAUCACUGAGGAUGACGCGAAGAAGAUCGAGCCCGACACGGAGGCCGUGUCUGAGGACGAGUUACCGACCGAAGCCACGGCCAAGGAACCAGAGACCGAAGCAGUUUCCGACGAGGAAUUGCCGGUUGCCGCUCCAGCAGACUUGGGCGAAACAGAGUCCGUGUCGGAAGAUGAAUUACCGCCGGACAGCGACAAGAAGAAAAAGAGCGGGGCGAAAUCGAUAAAAACACCGGAGAAGAAAACCAAAGUGGAAGGCGGAACGAAACGUAAAUUGAACGCGGAAGGAGAAUACGAUCCUAGUUCUCCGACGUCUGAAAACAAUGACGAGGCGCCAGCAAAGAAGGUCGCCUUGUCGACUGACGCGGAAGUGGGAGAUAAGCCAGAGAUUAAGCCAGCGUCGCCGAAAAAGAAAACAUUGCCCGAACUAGAAAAAUAUUGGAAGGCCGUUAAUGAAGAUCCGUCUGACUUUACGGGGUGGACGUAUCUCUUACAGUACGUGGAUCAAGAGAACGAUGCCGAGGCUGCACGCGAAGCUUACACCAAAUUCUUGGAGCGUUAUCCAUAUUGCUACGGUUACUGGAGAAAGUUCGCCGAUUACGAGAAGAAGAAGGGCAACCCCGAAAAUGUCCAAACGGUGUUCGACCAAGGUCUGAAAGCUAUUUCGCUAAGCGUCGAUCUCUGGCUCCAUUACAUCAACCACUGUAAAACCGUCUAUGAGAAAGAUGAAGACAAGCUUCGGGAGCAGUACGAGCGAGCCAUACAAGCUUGCGGGCUUGAGUUCAGGUCGGAUCGUCUCUGGGAGAGCUACAUAAAAUGGGAAUCAGAGGGGAAACGCUUGAGCAGAGUGACAGCACUGUACGAUCGUUUGCUGUCGACACCUACUCUCGGUUACACCUCCCACUUCGAAGCCUUCCAGGAAUUCGUGUCGUCCAACCUGCCGAAUCGUAUCCUAAGCGUGGACGACUUCCUCGCGCUACGCGCCGAGGUGAAGGCCCUCCUGAAAUCAGACGACGCUACCGCGGCAUCGGCCGCCGAUGACGCGCCACCCGGUGAGGAACUGCCACCCCAUGAGGUGCCACCCACCGACGAGGAGACUCGUGCCAUACGUGAGAAGAUUAUUAGCAGCAGGCGCAAAAUGCACAAGGCGAACGUGAACGCGGUGGCAGCGAGAUGGUCGUACGAAGAGGGGAUAAAGAGACCAUAUUUCCAUGUAAAACCGUUGGAACGGUGCCAGUUGAAAAAUUGGAAGGAGUACCUCGAUUUCGAGAUUGAACAAAAGGAUCAGAAUCGAAUAAUCAUCUUGUUUGAGAGGUGUCUUAUUGCUUGUGCACUUUAUGAUGAAUUUUGGAUGCGAUUUGUGCGCUAUUUGGAAUCGCUGAAGGGAGACAACACAGAAAAGAUCCGAGAUGUGUACUCGAGAGCGUGUAUGGUACAUCACCCAAAGAAACCAAAUUUGCAUUUGCAAUGGGCCAUUUUUGAGGAGGGUCAGGAUAACUUCGAGAAAGCUGCCGCCAUAUUAGAGAAUAUUGAUAAUGUGUUGCCAAAUAUGCUGCAAGUGGCGUACCGGCGAAUAAACUUGGAACGCCGUCGUGGUGACUUGGAGAAGGCGUGUACUUUAUACGAAAAUUACAUUAACAAUAGCAAGAAUAGAACGAUCGCCAAUAAUAUCGCCGUGAAGUACGCACGAUUCUUGUGUAAAGUCAAGGAUGACGUUGAUAAGGCAAUUAAGGUGUUGAUGAAGGCCACAGAUAAAGAUAAAGACAAUCCCAGAUUAUAUCUGCAAUUAAUAGAUUUGGCAAUGCAACGAACGCCAGUUGACACUCAAGAAAUAGUAGGCUACAUGGAUAUGUUUAUAGAAAGAGAGCACGCAGAUCUUGAGCAAAGAGUGCUUUUUGCGCAACGUAAGGUUGAAUUCCUGGAAGACUUCAGCCCCGACAUCCGGCAAGUGUUGAAGGCUCACGAGCAGUUCCAGAAGUGCAUCAAGCAAGCGAAAGAAAGAAAGAAGACGAAGGGUGACGACAACAAAACCGAUUCUUCGCCCCCGAAGAAGAAAGCCGAUCAGUCAAAUGUGCCACCUUCACCGUCCGUGGGCUCGCAGUCCUCAUACCAAUACAGCAGCGGUCCGAGCGGUCCUUAUCAGUCGCCACAACAGUUCCAGGGCGGACAGUACGGCGGUCAGGGCGGCUAUCAGCAAGGUUACCAGCAGUACCCACCCCCAUCAGAUCCCAAUUAUGCUAACUACCAAAAUUGGCAGUACGGUCAAGGAGGACCGCAGGCUUACGGACCUUAUAAUCAGUGGGGAUCUUACAAUUAUUAUUAAUACCGAUCACGUAAUCGCCCCUAAGACUAUCGUACUGUUAAUUGUGUCCUAUUGUACAUUCUCUAGCUUUUAUUCUACCGAUUUCGAAGUCAGCAGAUGAAGGAAUUUAAUUGUUUAAGUAUCUUGGUCACCUCUGACAUGUGAGAGCUUGUAUGUCAAGCGUAUUCUCUCUCUAUAUAUAUAUAUAUAUAUAUAUAUAUAUCAUUAACCUGAUGAUACCUUGCAUGUGGAUAUUUACUAUAUGUACUGAAUAAAUUGUAUACCGUUAAAACAGAACUUUACUCCUGGCAUUAUUUGUUUGCAUUGCUUUUGCGUGGCAUUAAAAUUAUGCAUUAAGGAUUAUUAAUAAUUGGACUAAUAAUUGUUUUAUUGCAAUUUUUAUUUUAGAAACAAAUUGUCCUUUAAAUCAUUAAUUUAAAAAAUGUCAGAUAAAAAUAUAAAAUUUUCACUGAAAAAAUAAACGAGUAAGAUUCCUGCGGUGUACAGUUUGUUUAGGAUCUUUUGUGUGUUCACAUAACUUGAAAACGUUGCUGCUUCAUAGCAUUAAAUGUCAAGAUGAUUUCGCGGAUUAUAUCUUAAUAAAUUGUAGAUUCCAAAACGAUUGUCGCAUAACAUCAACAAAAUUACAUUAUAAAACGUGUUGUAUUUUACAACUCACUACAUCAUGUUGGAUAUAUUAUGUAACAUCUCCAAAUUUGUAUAAAUCGUAGUCGAUUUAUGUAAAUUAACUUACUUUUCGUGAAGAAAUCGUGAUCACUGCAGAUCAUAAUCUUCUUUAUAUUUUUCGUUAAAUUCGUUCGCUGUACCGAGCUUAGUUUGUUCGGCACAGGAUUGAGAAAUGUCUUUCGUUAAUCAAUGUUAAAGGUAUAUUGUAUUAUUUCGAAUCUGUGUGAUUUCUUUUACUGAAGAUUACUUUGACACGUGUAGAAUAUAUCGAUCAUAUCUUGAUAUUCGAUAAGUAAUCCGAUUUAAUUAAAAACUUGAUAAUAUCCAAAAAUGCUUUUUAUGAUUAUUUGAAAUAACAGUAAUGAAAUAAUGAUUGUUUCUGUAAUUAUUCCAAUAUGUGUAUUCCGAUUUCUUCUAAUACGUAUCAGUAUAAAACUUAUAAUUAAAAUUAGACCUAUAAUUGAAACUUUGUGAAACCAAAUAGUUUUAAUUUUUUUAUGUAAAUUUUGCAAUUGAGCAUAAUCACGUCGAGAGAUUUGUUUCAGAUUUAUAAAAUUGUAUAAAUUUGUUUCACAAUAUGUUUCAACAUUUUCACACAUUCUGCCAUUAUUAGAUAUUUUAACGACAAUUUAAGUUUCGAAUAUGUUAUACUUGUGUUGAAGAUUUCAGGUAUAUUAAAUUGACAUGGUUUCGCAUAGUUAUCUUUAUUACGUUCAAUAAAAGUCCAACUCCUACUUA